AUGGAUCAGGAGAAUCAGACAAUGGUGACUGAGUUUUAUUUCUCUGAUUUCCCUCAGUUUGAGAAGGGCAGUCUCUUAUUCUUCAUUCCUUUGUUCUUAACUUACGUGUUCAUUAUUGUUGGAAAUUUCACGAUCUUCUUUGCUGUCCAGCUGGAUGCACGUCUCCACAAUCCUAUGUACAAUUUCAUCAGCAUCUUCUCCUUCCUGGAGAUUUGGUACACCACAGUGACCAUCCCUAAGAUGCUCUCCAACCUUGUCAGUAAAGAGAAGACUAUUUCUUUCAUUGGCUGCCUCCUGCAAAUGUAUUUUUUUCACUCACUUGGGGUCACAGAAGCCCUAGUCCUCACAGUGAUGGCCAUUGAUAGGUACGUUGCCAUCUGCCACCCCCUCCGCUAUGCAACCAUUAUGACCCCUCGACUAUGCAUCCAACUCUCGUCUAGCAUCUUUGGUUUUCUUAUGCUACUGCCUGAGAUUGUGUGGAUUUCUACUCUUCCAUUCUGUGGUCCCAACCAAAUCCAUCAACUCUUCUGUGACUUUGAACCUGUAUUACGCUUAGCCUGUACAGAUACAUCUAUGAUUCUGAUUGAAGAUAUAAUUCAUGCUAUUUCCAUCCUGACUUCCGUUUGUAUCAUCACCCUUUCCUAUCUAAGAAUCAUUGUUGUGAUCCUGAGGAUUCCCUCAGGUAAGAGCCGUCAGAAGGCAUUCUCCACUUGUGCAGCCCACAUUACUAUUUUCUUCCUGUUUUUUGGCAGUGUGACACUCAUGUACCUGCGUUUCUCUGUCACUUUCCCACCACUACUGGACAAGGCCAUUGCACUAAUGUUUGCUGUCCUUGCCCCACUUUUCAACCCGAUAAUCUACAGUCUGAGGAACAAAGACAUGAAAGAUGCCAUCAAGAAAGUCCUCUGUUCUUGGGGCUUCACUGCUACACUCAAAGCUGCUCUGUGGCCUGAUAAAGAAGCAUACUAUUGGAAACUGAGGAUGUUCCGGAAAAUGCAAAAUGUAACUUUAUGA